UCCAUUUGCGCCCACCUGCAUAGCCUCUACUCGCAGGCCCGCGUCUGUUUCGAGUUUCCUUCCACCCCCCCCUAUUUUCCUAAUUUUCCUUCCCCUCCAUUCCGGUUCCCAUUUCCCCGGCCUGACCGUGUGAUCGACUUCGCCUCGAUUGAGAUCAUCUUCAGGCCCCUGCGUUCGUUCUGUACCUAUAUCAACUCGGAAUAUAUCACGACACCGCCGAAGGCGCUUGCAAAUUCUACUGGGAACACGUCUUUCAGCCUUAUUUUAACUUGGGCACGCAUUUCCAUUACCAACCAUGGCGAAAGGAGGCAAAGGCAAGUCCGGUAGCAAACCAAAGAAUAAGAAGGGGAAGAACCAAGAGGCCUCUGGUAAUCAGACACCUCAGCCGGACCCCUCUGCCACCGAGCAAGAACAGCAACAACAACUUGAACAACAAGAGACACCUCAGCCUGAGUUAUCUACCUCUGACCCAGAACAACAACUCGAGGAGCAAGAACAACAACAACAACCACAACCAGAGACACCUCAGCCUGAGUUAUCUACCCCCGAACCAGAGACACAACUGGAGGAGCAAGAACAACAACAACCAGAGACACCUCAGCAAGAGCUCUCCACCCCUGAGCAAGAGGGACAACAAGACCCGGAGCAAGAGAUACCUCAGCCCGAGCUCUCCGCUCCGGAGCCAGAGCAGCAGCAAGUAGAACAACAAGACCAAGAGCCACAGACAGCUCAGCCAGAAACCCCCACCGAACAAGCGGAACAAGAGGAGGGGCUGCAAGAACAGCAAGACAUCCCACCUGAGGGGCAGCAGCAAGCACAGGAAGAGGAACAGCAACCAACGGAGCUUGAAGCCCCAGUUGAAACCGAAGUCCCCGUCGAAUCACAACCAACAGAGGCAGAGCCCGUGUUUGAAGCCGAGCCAGAAGUUGCUUUGGAACCAGAGUCGGUGCCAGACCAAGACCCGGAACUGGAGCAACCACAGGCUGCUGUCGAGCAAGACUCGACUGUGCCUGUCGCCGAGGCACAGAUCCAGCCAUCAGUGAACGAGGAGGGUUGGUUUGACCAGCCAGCCAGCCCUGAAAUUGCCCAAAGUGAACAACCAGACGCGAACGAUGGGCAGGACUAUUUUGAGCAACCACUAGAGUCGAAUUUGGAGGAAACAGGCACCUCGGAGCCAUACGCAGGGGACACUGAAGAGAACCACGAGAACAAUCAAUUCCUGGACGAGCCUACCAGUGGUGCGGAAACCUACGAAGAGGCGACAGUCACAGCACCACAGACGCCGUUGGAUCUUACAUUCACCCAGGCGCCGUCUUCAGUGCCCUUCGAAGAACCGCAGCCUCAGCCGGAAAGUCAAUUCGUGGCAGCAUCCCCUCGCUCCAACAUCGGAGGCCCGGUGCUUGAUUCGCAAAUUCCCGCAAUGUCUGAGCCUGUCUCCGAAGAAGUGCUUGCUGAACCUACCCCCGUUUCUGAUUCGUUUACCCAGCAAAGCACUCCACCCGCCUCAAAGCCUGCCUCUCCGAUUCCCCAGGCCAGCUCACCAAUACCACGAGCUGUCUCACCGUCCUUCAAGUCCCUCUCGUCGGCCCCACCGAGUGCUGCUGCCACACCACGUGCCGGCUCACCCGUGCCCCAAUCAUACUCUCCUGUACAGGAGUUUACCUCCCCGGUGCAGGAGGCUAUGGUUCUGCCGCAGAACACUGCCUGGCCUACACCGCCAGCUGCUUCUCCUGUAUUUCAAUCAGCUUCACCCAUCGCGCAACAAUAUUCCCCGGUCCAGAAGGUUGCAUCACCCGCGCGAAAUACCGUAUCACCUGUACAGAAACACGUUUCUCCUGUCGCAAAGCCCGCUUCGCCCGUGCCGAAAGUCAGCAGUCCUCUCGCACACGGGCACAUGUCUCCCAUGAUGUCUCCGGAGGCGCCCCCGCAAAUGGGGACCCGCAUGGCCCCGCCCCCCGCGAUGACCCCUUACCCUCCCUCUUACUCUUCGCCUAUCAUGAGUGCCAAUGGGUACCUGCCCCAGUACGCCUACUAUCAGCCAUCCCCCAAUGUCCAUCCCACUCCUCGAGGCUCUAUCGACCCGGGUUCAGCCGCAUCUUUCCAGGCCCUGCAGAACCUCGGGUUCGCCAAUGGACAUGGCCUCAACGGACAUGGCCUCAAUGGCAAGAUUGGCAUCAUGUCGCCCCCUGAACAUGAAGAGCCCAUCGAGCUUCUGCAGAGGAUUCAGGAUGCCAUUCCAGACAUUGGCCGGCUGCUCAGCAGCUACAAGAGCACCAAAGGCAAGCUGCAAUCACGUGAGGCCGAGUUCAAGCAGAUGGAGAGUCAGCAUGAGCAGGCUCUAAUGCACAAGGAGUUCUACAUUGAAGCCUUGCAGAACCAGAUGCGGAAGGCAGCAAACGAGAGCGCAGAGGAAUCGACCAAAUUGAAGAAUACGAUCAACGAACUCCGCAUGGAGCUGGGGAACCUCGAAGAGAAGAGAAAGGACCUCGAGGAGAGGCUGACCGACACGGAAAACGCCAACAGUGAACUUUCGCAGUCGAAUGCCCAGCUCGAGGAGGAAGUCCAGACGCUGAACACCAACCUUCAAGAGGCAAAUGAGACCUACGAGAAGGACAUGGAAACGGCCAGGGAAGAGAAAGCGAAUGCCCUUGCCAGUCAGAAGCAAGAGCUGACCGAGAUCUUCGAGGAUAUCAAGGCGGAGGAUGAGAAGGCAGCAGCCGAAGCUCUGGCAAACCGCGAGCGAGAACUGCUUGAUCAGCAAGAAUCGAUGAAGGCCGACUACGAGCAGCAGAAACAAGAGAUGCAGGAGGCGCAUGAUGCCCUGCAGUCUGACUUCGACUCCAAGGUCACGGAGCUGGCUUCGACCAAGGAGGAACUAGAGACCAGGACCACUGAGCUUGCGGACAAACAGAAGGAGUUGGAAGACACACGUGAGGCGCAUGCCAAUGAGCUGGCGGAUCUUCGCCAGACGCAUGCCAAUGAAAUCGACGCCCUGACCACCAGUCACGAGGAGAAGGUGGCUGCGAUGGAGAAGGACCACAGUGACAAGCAGCAACAAUGGGCUGAUGAGAAGGCGGACUUGGAGACGCGGUUGUCGGACAAGAUUCAGGCUUUGGAUAUCAGCGAGCGUGAGAACAGGAAAUUGGAAGAGGACAACCUCUCCAAGGAAAAGCAGGUUCAGCAUGCGGUGGAUAACAUGCGCCUCACCAUUGACAACUUGGACAAAGAUUGCGACAGGUUGAGAAAGACUUUGCACAGUCUUGGAGAAGCCACUGACCUCAAGAGCACGAAGGGUGAUUCUUUCUUUUUGGACUGUUUCGGCCAGCUUUCUCGUCUUAUUGUCUCCCUGUCCAAGGAGCACUUCUCGUACCUUCCAAUUGAUCCUCCAAAGGACAUCCUAGCGAAGCUUCCAUCGGAAUUGCCGUCGUUCCUUGAUAACACUCCGGCCUCGCGCGAUCUACGUUCGGCCUAUGUGCAGCAUGUCAUCUCCAAGACCCUGACCUACCGCAUCUUCCACCCCUUCUUGUUCACCCUCGGCCGACGCUACGAUAAGGCCGAUACCUUCUUCCAGAUGUUGUCGAUGGACAUCCGACGCAAGUCCGUGAGACGGGAAGCCUUCUGGAGGCAACAGACGCUCAAGGCAGCGUACACGACAUCGGAUGCCAAGCAGUCCAUCAACGUGGUGGCUGCUGUCAUUGUCGACGAAAUCAUCGAUCAGCUCAAGCACUUCGCCGACCCUCGGAACCUAGAUUCUCUCCUCAUCGGUAUCCGGAAAAUUGUGAAGCUGGCUGCCGAGACCUGGAGACUUGCACGCGUUGAGCGGGAGCUCAUUCUGGCUUCGCUACCGGCCCCCGAUGCUGACGCCGUCUCGAACGACGACUGGGAUGAGUAUGGCACUCCCAAGGAGGGCAGUCUCAGCUCCAAGGAAGACCCCACUCGUCAUGUCAUUUUGCGGACGUUCCCGCGCAUCACCCGAGAGGCGGCCCACGAGGACUUUGCGGGCGAGGAAGAGAAGGCCAGCCCUUGCACCUACUCUCAAGGCUGUGUCCUGUACUCCGACUCCCCGGUGGUCAUGGCCAGGCUGCAGGAACUGGCCAAGAAGUCCACCGACGCGCUUUCGGGUGAUGAGUCCCCCCGCCGUGGCUCGAGAGACUCGAUCCGGACCGAUGGGAAGUCCCCCUCGCCACGAAGAAGUCCGCGGAAUGAUAAGCGCUCCUUUGAGGUCACGGCAUGAGCUUUCCAU